UUUAUAAAUAUAUAUAAGUUUUGGUUUUUAAUUAUUUUUUUUUUUGGUUUAAUAUUUUUUUUAACUGGUUUAUACUUCAUUUACAUUGAUUAUUUAUUAAUAAUAGAUUGAGAAAUUAUUAAUUUAAAUAGAAAUAUAAUUACUAUAACUUUAUUAUUUGAUUGAAUAUCUUUACUAUUUAUGGGGAGAGUUAUACUAAUUUCUUCAAUAGUUAUUUACUAUAGUUGUUCUUAUAUAGAACAUGAUAUUAAUAUAAUUCGGUUUUUAAUUUUAGUCUUAUUAUUUAUUUUAUCUAUAAUAUUUAUGAUUGUAAGACCUAAUUUGAUUAGAAUUUUAAUGGGAUGAGAUGGUUUAGGUUUAGUUUCCUAUUGUUUAGUUAUUUAUUUUCAAAAUUAUAAAUCUUAUAGAGCAGGUAUAUUAACUAUUUUAACAAAUCGUAUUGGAGAUGUUGCUAUUUUAUUAGGAAUUGCCUGAAUAUUAAAUAAUGGAAGUUGACAUUUUUUUUAUCAUAAUUUUUAUAGAAUGGAUUGAGGUUAUAUAUUAAGUAUUUUGAUUAUUUUAGCAGCAUUUACUAAAAGAGCUCAAAUUCCUUUUUCUUCUUGAUUACCUGCAGCUAUAGCUGCUCCUACUCCUGUAUCUGCUUUGGUUCAUUCUUCUACUUUGGUUACUGCAGGAGUUUAUUUAUUAAUCCGAUUUAAUUAUUUAUUAAUAAAUUUUAAUUUAAAUUUUUUUUUAUUAUUAAGUAUAUUAACAAUAUUUAUAUCUGGGCUGGGUGCUAAUUUUGAAUAUGAUCUAAAAAAAAUUAUUGCUUUAUCUACUUUAAGACAAUUAGGUUUAAUAAUAAGAAUUUUAUUUAUAGGAUUUUCUUCUGUAGCUUUUUUUCAUUUGUUAACUCAUGCAUUUUUUAAGUCGUUAUUAUUUUUAUGUGCAGGUUUAAUUAUUCAUUGCAUAAAUGAUUCUCAGGAUAUUCGUCAUAUGGGGGUUUUAGUUAAUCAGUUACCAUAUACAAGAACUUGUUUUAUAAUUGCUAAUCUUUCUUUAUGUGGAAUACCCUUUUUGGCUGGAUUUUACAGAAAGGAUUUAGUUUUGGAAAUUAUAACAUUAAAUUGAUUUAAUUUGUUUAUUUAUAUUUUAUUUUUUAUUUCUGUUGGUUUAACAGUUUCAUAUAGUGUUCGGUUAGUCUAUUAUAGAAUGAUUAAAUUUAAUGGUUUAAUAAGAUGUUCAUUAUUUUAUGAAAAUAUAAUUAUGAUAAAGUCUAUAAUUUUUCUAGUUUUUAUAAGAAUUUUUAGAGGGAGUAUAUUAUCUUGAUUACUAUUUCCUCACCCUAUUGUCAUCGUUCUUCCACUGGAAUGUAAAUUAAUGCCUUUAAUGUUUAUUAUAGCAGGUUGUUGAUUAGGCUAUGAAUUAUCCUUAAUAUAUUUUAAUGAUAAAUUGUUUGGUUUAAAUUAUAAUUUAUUAAUUUCUUUUAUAGGUGGAAUAUGAUUUAUACCUAAUUUUAGAACAUACAUAAUUUAUAGAAAAAGCUUAAAUUUAAGAAGAAAUUAUUCUAAUUUUUUAGAUAUAGGAUGGGGCGAAUUUAUUAUAUCUUCAAUAUUAACAAAUUAUUUUAUUUAUCUAAGAAAAUUUAAUUUAUUUUAUCAGAAUAAUAAUAUUAAAUUAUUUAUUUGUACUUUUAUUGUCUUGAUUUUUGUGUUUAUUAUUAUUUAA